AUGACCACCCACGUCACCCUGGAAGAUGCCCUGUCCAAUGUGGACCUGCUGGAGGAGCUGCCCCUCCCUGACCAGCAGCCAUGCAUCGAGCCUCCACCCUCCUCCAUCAUGUACCAGGCUAACUUUGACACAAACUUCGAGGACAGGAAUGCAUUUGUCACAGGCAUCGCAAGAUACAUUGAACAGGCUACGGUCCACUCCAGCAUGAAUGAAAUGCUGGAGGAAGGACAUGAGUAUGCGGUCAUGCUGUACACCUGGCGCAGCUGUUCCCGGGCCAUCCCCCAGGUGAAAUGCAAUGAACAGCCCAACAGAGUGGAGAUCUACGAGAAGACAGUGGAGGUGCUGGAGCCAGAGGUCACCAAGCUCAUGAAGUUCAUGUACUUUCAGCGCAAAGCCAUCGAGCGGUUCUGCAGCGAGGUGAAGCGGCUGUGCCAUGCUGAGCGGAGGAAGGACUUUGUCUCCGAGGCCUACCUCCUGACCCUGGGCAAGUUCAUCAACAUGUUUGCUGUCUUGGAUGAGCUCAAGAAUAUGAAGUGCAGCGUCAAGAAUGACCACUCAGCCUACAAGAGGGCAGCACAGUUCCUAAGGAAGAUGGCGGAUCCUCAAUCUAUCCAGGAGUCGCAGAACCUUUCCAUGUUCCUGGCCAACCACAACAGGAUCACCCAGUGUCUCCAUCAGCAACUGGAAGUGAUCCCAGGCUAUGAGGAGCUGCUGGCUGACAUUGUCAACAUCUGCGUGGAUUACUAUGAGAACAAGAUGUACCUGACCCCCAGUGAGAAACACAUGCUGCUCAAGGUAAUGGGCUUUGGCCUUUACUUGAUGGAUGGAAAUGUCAGUAACAUUUACAAACUGGAUGCCAAGAAGAGAAUCAACCUUAGCAAAAUUGAUAAGUUUUUUAAGCAGCUGCAGGUGGUGCCCCUUUUCGGCGACAUGCAGAUAGAGCUGGCCAGAUACAUUAAGACCAGUGCUCACUAUGAAGAGAACAAGUCCAAAUGGACAUGCACGCAGAGCAGCAUCAGCCCCCAGUACAACAUCUGUGAGCAGAUGGUCCAGAUCCGGGAUGACCACAUCCGCUUCAUCUCUGAGCUCGCUCGCUACAGCAAUAGUGAGGUGGUGACGGGCUCGGGACUGGACAGCCAGAAGUCAGAUGAGGAGUAUCGUGAGCUCUUCGACCUGGCCCUGCGGGGUCUGCAGCUUUUAUCCAAGUGGAGUGCCCACGUCAUGGAGGUGUAUUCCUGGAAGCUUGUUCACCCCACAGACAAGUUCUGCAACAAGGACUGCCCUGGCACAGCAGAGGAGUACGAGAGAGCCACGCGCUACAAUUACACUAGCGAGGAAAAGUUUGCUUUUGUGGAGGUGAUCGCCAUGAUCAAAGGCCUGCAGGUGCUCAUGGGUAGGAUGGAGAGUGUCUUCAACCAAGCCAUCAGGAACACCAUCUAUGCGGCCCUGCAGGACUUUGCCCAGGUGACCCUGCGUGAGCCUCUGCGGCAGGCAGUGCGGAAGAAGAAGAACGUCCUCAUCAGCGUCCUGCAGGCAAUUCGGAAGACAAUCUGUGACUGGGAGGGAGGCCGAGAGCCCCCCAAUGACCCAUGCUUGAGAGGGGAGAAGGACCCCAAAGGUGGAUUUGACAUCAAGGUGCCCCGGCGUGCUGUGGGGCCAUCCAGCACACAGGCCUGCCAGUGGUCCCCGAGGGCUUUGUUUCACCCCACUGGUGGCACACAGGGCCGAAGAGGCUGCCGAUCCCUGCUGUACAUGGUGAGGACCAUGCUUGAGUCACUCAUCGCAGAUAAAAGCGGCUCUAAGAAGACGCUGAGAAGCAGCCUUGACGGACCCAUCGUCCUCGCCAUAGAGGACUUCCACAAACAGUCCUUCUUCUUCACACAUCUGCUCAACAUCAGUGAAGCCCUGCAGCAGUGUUGUGACCUCUCCCAGCUCUGGUUCCGCGAGUUCUUCCUGGAGCUGACCAUGGGCCGGCGAAUCCAGUUCCCCAUUGAGAUGUCCAUGCCCUGGAUUCUAACAGACCAUAUCCUGGAAACCAAAGAACCUUCCAUGAUGGAGUAUGUCCUCUACCCUCUGGAUCUGUACAACGACAGCGCCUACUAUGCUCUGACCAAGUUUAAAAAGCAGUUCCUGUACGAUGAGAUCGAAGCUGAGGUGAACCUGUGUUUUGAUCAGUUUGUCUACAAGCUGGCGGACCAGAUCUUUGCUUACUACAAAGCCAUGGCUGGCAGUGUAUUGUUGGAUAAACGUUUUAGAGCUGAAUGUAAGAAUUAUGGCGUCAUCAUUCCGUACCCACCGUCUAACCGCUAUGAAACGCUGCUGAAACAGAGACACGUCCAGCUGUUGGGUAGGUCAAUUGACUUGAAUAGACUCAUCACCCAGCGUAUUUCUGCUGCCAUGUAUAAGUCCCUGGACCAGGCCAUCAGCCGCUUUGAAAGCGAGGACCUGACCUCCAUUGUGGAGCUGGAGUGGCUGCUGGAGAUUAACCGGCUCACUCACCGGCUGCUCUGUAAGCACAUGACGCUGGACAGCUUCGAUGCCAUGUUCCGGGAGGCCAAUCACAAUGUGUCCGCCCCCUACGGCCGUAUCACCCUGCACGUCUUCUGGGAGCUGAACUUUGACUUCCUCCCCAACUACUGCUACAAUGGGUCCACGAACCGUUUUGUCCGAACUGCCAUUCCUUUCACCCAAGAACCACAGCGAGAUAAACCUGCCAACGUCCAGCCUUAUUACCUCUAUGGAUCCAAGCCUCUCAACAUUGCCUACAGCCACAUCUACAGCUCCUACAGGAACUUCGUGGGGCCCCCUCAUUUCAAGACCAUCUGCAGACUCCUGGGUUACCAGGGCAUUGCUGUGGUCAUGGAGGAACUGCUGAAGAUCGUCAAGAGCUUGCUCCAAGGAACGAUCCUCCAGUACGUGAAAACACUGAUAGAGGUGAUGCCCAAGAUCUGCCGCCUGCCCCGGCACGAGUACGGUUCCCCAGGGAUCUUGGAAUUCUUCCACCACCAGCUGAAGGACAUCAUUGAGUACGCAGAGCUCAAAACAGACGUGUUCCAGAGCCUGAGGGAAGUGGGCAACGCCAUCCUGUUCUGCCUCCUCAUAGAGCAAGCUCUGUCUCAGGAGGAAGUCUGUGAUUUGCUCCAUGCUGCACCUUUCCAAAACAUCUUGCCUAGAGUCUACAUCAAAGAGGGGGAACGCCUGGAGGUCCGCAUGAAACGCCUGGAAGCCAAGUAUGCCCCGCUUCACCUGGUCCCUCUGAUAGAGCGGCUGGGGACCCCUCAGCAAAUUGCCAUUGCUCGGGAGGGUGACCUGCUGACCAAGGAGCGGCUGUGCUGUGGCCUGUCCAUGUUCGAGGUCAUCCUGACCCGCAUUCGGAGCUAUCUGCAGGACCCCAUCUGGCGGGGCCCACCACCCACCAAUGGCGUCAUGCACGUGGACGAAUGUGUGGAGUUCCACCGGCUGUGGAGCGCCAUGCAGUUUGUCUACUGCAUUCCUGUGGGGACCAACGAGUUCACAGCUGAGCAGUGUUUCGGUGACGGCUUGAACUGGGCUGGCUGCUCCAUCAUCGUCCUGCUGGGCCAGCAGCGUCGCUUCGACCUGUUCGACUUCUGUUACCACCUGCUAAAAGUACAGCGGCAGGACGGGAAGGAUGAAAUCAUUAAGAAUGUGCCCCUGAAGAAAAUGGCUGAUCGGAUCAGGAAGUACCAGAUCUUGAACAAUGAGGUUUUCGCCAUCCUGAACAAGUACAUGAAGUCCGUAGAGACAGACAGUUCCACUGUGGAGCAUGUGCGCUGCUUCCAGCCACCCAUCCACCAGUCCUUGGCCACCACUUGCUAG